AUGAAGAAGAAGUAUAAGACCAAGUUCCCAAGAGAACGUAUCAAGAAGAUUAUGCAAAAGGAUGAAGAGAUUGGAAAGAUAGCAUUGGCAACACCUAUAUUGAUAUCGCAAUGUCUAGAGUUAUUCAUGUGCGACUUGAUUCAAAAGACUUGUAAGAUAACACAGAGCAAGAAUGGAAGAACGAUGCAGGUAUCUCAUCUAAAGACAUGUAUAAAACAAGAGUCAAUGUUUGAUUUCUUGUUGGAUGUUGUUGAGAAGGUACCGGAUAAUGAUGAAAAGUCAGAGAGGAAGGGAAAGAAGGAUUUGGAAGAGGAAGAGGAUGAAAUGGAUAUGGGCGACGAUGAGAGUGAUAGUGAUAGCGAUGAUAGUGAUGACGAUGAUGAUGAUGACGACGACGAUGCUCCUUCAUCAUCACGCGGUCGUGGCAAGCGUGGCAGAGGUAGUGCUGGCGGUCGAGGCAGUAGGGGCGGAGGCAGGGGACGAGGCCGAGGUGCCAAGGCAGCCCCAACAUCGCCCGUCCACACAUCAACUUCGUCGACUUCGACGACGACCACGACCACAACAUCCACAUCGAACCCAUCGACACCACCUCCACCAGCAAGAAAGAAGAGAGCAGCAAACAAAGACAAAGAAUCACCGGCCCUGACCUCAUCAGCAGGGUCAGUGCCACCAAUGAUGUCUCAGAUCAAUCGUUCAAUCGAGGGACUGGCACCCAGUCCAGCCAUUCAUUCAAUGGCCCCAAUGCAACAACUGCCACAACAACUUCAACAGCAACAGCAUCAGCAGCAACAGUAUCAGCAACAACAACAACAGGUUAUGCCAACAUCACCAGUUGCGCUUGGUAGCAGUGGUAUCUUGAGUAGCUUCAACUCGUCAUCCUCAAUACUUCCUCCCCUUUCAUCAUACGCAAGCAUGGUCAGCAACAACAACAACAACAACAAUAGCAACGACAUGCACUAUCCCAAGCUCACAUCAUCAAUCGACUUCUUCACAUCAGGCACAAUCUCCUCCUCGACUACACCCAACCUCCUCUCUUCUUCCUCCUCAAACAACAACAACAACAAGAUGCUAUUACAUCUCAAUCCAAUUGAUUCAUCACCAUCCACUUCAUCAAUGCAUCUUCCAAGUCUGAUGGCGACGUCGCCACUCAAUCAUCAUCAACAACAUCUUCAACAUCAUCACAUCAAAACCGAACUGAAUGGUAGCAAUGGCAGUGGAAUGGGCGGAUCAUCAUCAUCAACAACAUCCUUACCCACCCUUGACAACAACAACGACAACAGCAUCAACAGCAGCAUCAAACCAAGCGCUGGCAUCAGUAAUAGUAGUGGUGGACUCAACUUCUUUAGCCUUCUCAACAACAAUCCAUCGACGCUCACCUCACUACCAAGUCUACACAGCAGCAGCAGCAGCAACAAGACGACACAUCUCAAUGAUCUAUUAAACAUCAAGAAGCCGUCGACCAAUGUAGAAGAGGACAACUACGACGAAGAAUAG